AUGCAGCUCAAGGCACUUGUCACCCUUCUAGCGCUGGGCACAGCAGUUGUUGUCGCCCGCCCUACCCCUGACGGUAAGAGUGACUGCGAGAAAUACGGACACGAAUGGAAGCAGAAUUAUGAUGGCGUCUAUGGAUGCUACGACGACAAGAAGAAGGAGUGCGAGAAAUAUGGGAAUGAGUGGAAGGAAGAUAAGGGCAAGUGGUACUGCUACAACAAGAAUGACGACGACAAAAAGAACGAUAAGAAGGAUGAUGCUAAGAAAGAUGACGGCAAGGGCGACGACGGCAAGGACGACGGCAAGGACGACGGUAAGGACGACGGCAAGGACGACGGCAAGGAUGACGACUACGGCAAGAGGGACGGCAGUAAGAAGGACGACGGCAAGAGCGACGACAAGAAAGAUGAUGGCAAGGGUGACGGCAAGAAGGAUGAUGCCAAGAAAGAUGACGGCAAGGGCGACAACGGCAAGGGCGACAACGGCAAGGGCGACAACGGCAAGGGCGACAACGGCAAGGGCGACAACGGCAAGGGCGACAACGGCAAGGGCGACAACGGCAAGGGCGACAACGGCAAGGGCGACAACGGCAAGGGCGACAACGGCAAGGGCGACAACGGCAAGGGCGACAACGGCAAGGGCGACAACGGCAAGGGCGACAACGGCAAGGGCGACAACGGCAAGGGCGACAACGGCAAGGGCGACAACGGCAAGGGCGACAACGGCAAGGGCGACAACGGCAAGGGCGACAACGGCAAGGAUGACGGCAAGAAUGAUGACGGCAAGGAUGAUGGCAAGGAUGACGACAAGGAUGACGGCAAGGGCGACGGCAAGAAUGAUGACGGCAAGGGCGACGGCAAGAAUGAUGACGGCAAGGAUGACGGCAAGAAGGAUGAUUAUCAUUACUGA